GAAUGCCAUCCCCCUCCGUCCCUCGGCUUCUCUUCGGUUGGCAACGGAUGCGCUCCUGUCUUCACGAAAUCAACACUUUAAAACCAUAAUAUCGAGAUCCAAUCUAGCCUAAUUUUCUACUGAAUCUACUUAAGCAUGAAUCGAUUGAUGUCUUUGAGGCCAGUGGCCGUCAAAUUUGUUGCUCUACCUCGGACUAAAUUUAUUAGAUUAAACUCGACUGCCUCUCAAUCUUCAUAUGAAUACCUGUUGGUUUCAACGCCGAAGCCUGGCGUCGGCCUGAGUAUGACUUAAACGAUCACUUUCAAUCAAUGCCAUAUUUCAUUUCCAAGACUAAUGGUUGCCACUUUGAAUCAGUUACUUUGAAUCGCCCAAAAGCACGUAAUGCACUCUGCACGCCGCUUUUCCGAG